AUGAUUCGUCUUCAUGAUAAAGUGUGGAUUCCACAAGAGGAUCACCCGGAAAUCAAUUUUGUUGGUUUACUGAUUGGACCACGUGGUAAUACGCUUAAAUCACUUGAAGCUGAUACUGGAGCGAAGAUCAUCAUACGAGGUAAGGGAUCUGUUAAGGAGGGGAAGUUGGGCAGACGUGAAGGUCCGAUGCCCGGUGAAAAUGAGCCGUUGCAUGCGUAUGUGACCGGAACAGAUACGACCGUGAUUAAGAAAGCAUGUGAAAAGGUGAUUUCCAUUUUCUGA